UAAUGGCGGCGUCUAUGCGAUGAAGUGUGAUUACCGUUAAAAGUUAUAGAUAGUAUUUUAUGGAAAUUGAAAGGAAGCUAAUACCAGACGUAUUUUAAAACCAUUCAUGGUUCAACUGUAUAGCCUGCUGAAGCCGUGCAACCGGAAUUGAUCGCUUUCGUCCAGGUAGAACGGAAGCAAAGAAAGAUGGACAUAGGGGACGAAGCAGCUUUAGGCAACAAGGAAGAGGAAGAUGAUGGCACCUCAGACCAACAGGAUAAUAUUGUGGAAGGGACUAGCGAUCAGGACGAUGUCUCUUCGACUGAAGGAGGAGAAAUUCUUAGUGAUGUUGAAGAGUCAGUUUCAUCCACUAAUAACCAGGAUUACGAGAAUUUUAAGGGAAAAGAUGAAGCAGUUAAUUCACCAACAGGUAGGUUAGAUGAAAAAUUGGAUCAAUUGUCCGAGACAAAUGAGGAUGAGGGCUCUGUAGGAGGUGAAGGAGAGAAAAAUGAAGAAUAUGAUCAGGAUGUAGAGAGCCAGGAAAAUGAUACAGAGGAAGAUCAUGAGAAUCAAGAAGAAGUGCUACAGGAAGGAGAUGCAGAUGACAUUUCAAGUCAGGAGGAUUUUCAGGAAGAGGGGAUAGUAGGCGAUGACUCUGUUUAUAAAGACAGGAACGAGGAGGAAAACACAGAAUAUAAUGAAGUUUCAAGUCAGGACGACAUGCAAGGGGAUGAUUUGGCUGACAUUCAAAGUCAGGAGGAGGAGGAGGAAAAUGACAAGCAAAGUGAAGAUCUAGGAGAGAGUUCUAGGGACUCUAAUUUCAAAACAGGAAACAAGGAAAUUGGAGACAUUGAUGAUGACAUAGAUGAUGAGGAUUUCAGUGUAGAUGACAUAAAAGAGCUCGACGGAGAUGCAGAUGAUACUAGCCAAGAAGAAACACAUGUGCUUGACAAGGAGACUUUUGAAGAGUUGUGGAAGAAGGAAGCAGAUUCUGGUGGAAAGUUGGCAGAGGAAGACAGCAUGUCUUUGCCAGGGGAACAAUAUAAUGUGCAGAAGAAUGAUAUUGUUCCAGACUCAACUACUGUGGAUACAAAAAAUCAGCCAGAGGGCCUGGAAGACGCAGAAGAUCAGGCGACAGGCCUAGAGGACAAUACAGAUUUGAUAACAAGUAGCCAACAAAGUGAUAGGUCUGGUGAUAAUGAUGUUGAGAAAGGAGAUGAAAUGGACAAUGAGGAAAUUGUUGAUACAGAGGGUGAUUCUAUAGGAUCGUCUUUGUACGAUGAAAAUGAAGAUAGGGAAGGUAAAGGCUUUGAUGAAUUCGAGGAGAGUGCAGCCUCGCCUGAACAAUCGAAUGACAACAAUAUAGUUUGUAGUGACAGCGUUGAUAAUGAGGAUCAACCAAUGGAGGAUGAAGAGGCAAUGGGUGAAACAAAUGGCAUGGACAGUGAUUUACACAAUGAACAGUUAGAGGAUGUGUCUCAAGAGUCAACUUAUAUAGAACAAGAAAACGACAUGAGUGACGACGGAGAAAUUGACGACGAUGAAGAUGAUAUGAAAAACGUUGAUGACAAUGGCAGUUCUGAUGGAGAAAUUAAUGAUGAAAGUGACUUGAAAAAUGAAGAAAUGAAUAUCGACAAAGAUGAAAAGGAUGAAGAGAGUGGAUCUGUACCAAUGAGUGAGGAUGAAAGUAUGCAUGAUGUGGGAGAAUCAGUCGAGGGUGAAAGGGAGUCCUGGGAUAAGUUGAUGGAUGGUUCAGUUGAUCCAAAGCAGCCUUCAAACAGUGCUGGCCAGUUUAUGGUAGAACAGGGCAACAGUGACAAUGACGAGGACUGGAACACUCUCGACCUGGAAAAGGAGGAACAAGGUAAUGUCGGUGUGGACACUAGCUUGUCGGGAGGAGUACAGAAAGAAGACAGAGUGCAAAAGGAUGUAGAACCUGAAGACAUCGAUUCUCCUGAAGAAACAGAGGAUAUAGAUUCUCCGGAGAGUGACAUGGGCGAGGAGGAGGGCGAAGUUGAACCUGAUAAUCCUGCAUCACCUGUGUCGGAGGAAGGGCAACUGGACGAAGCUAACAGACAGGAGGACAAUGAGAACAUCUACAAUGAUGUGUCGGAUGAGGAAGAGUCGUAUAGUGACGACGACGAUGAGGCUGCUCCCGUCAACAAUGUGGUUGAUACUCGAGUGGUCAAUCGCAAAGAGGAAGUCCAACAGGAACGACCAAAGUUCACAGAUUUGAGGGAGAAGAUUCGAGAGGGACAACUCAAGGCACAGUCUAGCCUUCCAGAGGAUCACGUUGAACUUGACUACGAUGAAGAUGGUAUGGAUGAUGCUCCCAAGGCAACAGAUGAUAACAAAGACAAAAUGGAUGACAGUCGAGGCAAUGAUGAAGAUGAAAAGGGAGAAGAUGGAGAAGCUUAUUCAGACCGGGACGACGGGGAGGUGGAUGAUGACGAAGAUUGCGAGGAAGGGGAGAUUAAAGAACCUGGAGCACGCAAGCCUUUCGUCAAACCAAUCUGUCGCUUCUACACUCGCGGUCAGUGUACAUGGGGCAACAACUGCAGGUUUCUUCACCCAGGAAUAAAUGAUAAAGGAAACUAUAGAUUGAUAGAGAGACCUGGGUUUGAAAGUCCAACGAAAAAAAGCUUUGGAAAAUGGAACCAAGGGGAGGUAAUUUGUUGCUCAAAGAACUAGCCAAGGCUGCUGUUUUAGAAAAUAAUAUUUCUUACUAGAAGUUAAAGAUUUCCAUUAAUAACUGAGGUAUUUAAUGCUUUUUCAGUUUAAUUCGGGAACAUUGCGGUGAAAGUGAUUUUUUAACAGUAACCUGGGUAUUAAUCAUAUUGAGUAAAAAAUAACUUAAAAUAAUAUGGUAGAAAACAAUGAGAUUAAAAAUUCCUGGCAUGUUUUUAGUCAAGCUGUAAUGCUGAAGUUGUUUUAUGUGACUUUAA